CAUCAUUACACUACUACUUCAGAGAAGGAAGGACUGUUGAAAAGCAUUCAGCGUUGAUGCAAAAUGGCUUUAAUUGGGAAACUAAGAAUCGUAAAGUCUCGCUGUGAAAGAAUGGAGAAAAUGGCUCAGAGGAAUGGCCUCCGCCACACCAUCCGGACUCUUAACGGAGAUACGUACACCGGUGAGUGGAAGAAUCACUUGAGACAUGGUAGAGGAACUCAGGUGUGGAAGAAAGCCGGAACUAUGUACGAAGGUGAGUGGAAACAGGACUUGCGCCACGGUUUCGGGACGCUGUACAAACUGCAGCCCUCAACCGAACAGUAUUUAAAGGUUUAUUCAGGAUCCUGGUGUAACGGGAAAAGGGAGGGCUUGGGGAAAGGUUUCUACAGCUCGCGCGCGUGCUAUGAGGGGGAGUGGGUGGCAAAUAUGAGGAGCGGAUGGGGAAGGAUGGACUUCGAAAACGGAGAUGUGUAUGAAGGACAGUGGCUCAGGGAUAAACCCCACGGCCAGGGCGUGCUGCUGCUCAAGAACGGAAACUGGUACGAGGGGAGCAUGAAGGAUGGGAAGAAGCACGGACACGGACGAUAUUUCUACAAGGACAAGUGCCAGGUGUACGAGGGCAUCUGGGUAGACGACAUGCCGCGGUGUGGGACAGUGUCUGAGUGUAACAGCAGGAAUACACACACACCAGACCCGAACCCUCUUCCCCCCCUGAUGCUGAAGGAUGCUCAGGCUGUACUGAAGAAGGCACACAACCGUUUCUGUUUCAUGGAGAAACCGGAACAACAGACCGUAAGGGGCUGCUGUAAGAAGAACAAAACAAGCAAACACAUGAAAUAAAAAAAAACAAAAAUAGUCUCUUAAAGAGACAAGAAAGAAAGUGAACUCGAUUGCCGUUG